AACGGGCAAAAGGUAAAUAACGCCGUUACUCUCAGUAUUCUCGCAACUGUUCGCUCACUUGAUCCACACAGUUAACCAUGGCAAAAGAGCCCGUCAGAUACUGCGUGGUCGAUGCAUUUACCGACUCCGCAUUCAAGGGAAAUCCGGCGGCGGUGUGCCUGCUGGAGGAGGACAGAGAUGAUGACUGGCUGCAAGCGGUGGCGCGUGAGUUUAACAUAUCGGAGACUUGCUAUUUGACUCGUCUCUCCGAGUCGACCGACUCACUAAUCGGCUCCGUCCCCAGGUUUCGCCUCCGCUGGUUCACCCCCGUCGCUGAGGUCAAACUUUGUGGACAUGCAACUUUAGCUGCAUCCCACUUUCUCUUCUCGUACGAUUUGGUGAAGUCUGAUAGGAUUGAGUUCUUGACUCUCUCCGGGAUUUUGACCGCAAAGAGAGUAAUUGACUCUAAUGGUAAUGCAACUGUGAGCUUCCUCAUCGAACUCGAUUUUCCAGUUCUCCCAAUAAUGGAAUACAACGGUGCUUCUGAUGCUGAGGUGGCAAUCAUUUCAAAAAGCUUGAACGGAGCUUCCUUCAACGAGAUCCAAACUACUGGAGAUGACCUCCUUGUUGUGUUACCAUCUGGAAAGGCAGUUGAAGAAGUAGAACCCAAUUUUGACGAGAUACUAAAAUGUCCUGGCGGAAGAGGAUUAAUCAUUACUGGACCUGCUCCGACGGGCUCUGGCUUUGAUUUUUUCAGUCGUUUUUUCUGCCCUAAACUCGGGAUCAACGAGGAUCCUGUAUGCGGAAGUGCACAUUGUGCCUUAGCUCCAUAUUGGAGCAAGAAGCUCGGAAAACGCGAUUUUAUUGCAUAUCAAGCGUCGCCUAGAAGUGGCAUCUUGAAUUUGCAUCUCGACGACGAAAAUCAGAGGGUUUUGCUUCGAGGAAAAGCAGUCACAGUGAUGGAAGGCACUCUUUUGGUGUAAACCAAAGGGAAGCUUCAAAAAGAGGGAGUAAUUGCUUCAAUUAUUUAAUUUGUACUAACAUCACUCUCAAUAAGAACUUUAUUCAUGCAAAUUUGUGUUAUUUAUUGUAUGAAUUUGUUACAGUAUCUUUUCGAUUUCUUUUUUCUCGGUCAGAUUUUAUUAUCAUUUCAUUUUUAUGGAGUUUCGGAUUGUAUUGCACGAUUUACGACACCGAAAACAUGGUAGGUAAAUAUAUUUCUUCCAUGAA